UACUCAGUGCUAGUGUUUUAAGGUCCAGAAAUUGACCAAAUUUUUAUUUGCAAAAAAAUGGAAUUAAGAGAAUCAAUUUGCAAGCUUUUGCUGUUGUUUUUCUCAAAUUAAAUCCUCAGCUUCUUUCCUAUAUGUCUUUUGAUCUUUAGAAACGUAUGCAUAAAAGUUUACAGAUUCUACUCUAUAGAUCGAAACACCUGGUCAAAGAUCACGAAGCCGUUCGGGUACAAUUAAAUAGAUGAAAAAAAUUUAGAAUUUAAUUUAAAAGACGCAAUUAUGAAAAAUAUCUUGCUCUGUACCGAAUUCGUAAUUUUACAAAAAAAUGUAACUUUUCGAACCUUUGUUGCAUGGAAUCGAUCAUUAUAAGAACGAUACUAGAUAAUUCCUAAAAUACAGGACACGAAAAGACAUUGCAUGGCAGGUCUAUGUUCUUAGUCAAUAAUAAAACUAUUUAAAGUAGUAUAGUAGAGUAGUGUGUUAAUUUGGACAACGAGUUAUGUUGCAGGUUAUGUUUAGAUAGAAGUGCACGAGUUUGUAGUGAAAUCAAUUCCAAUUUACAUGACCGAAGCGAUGGCUUUAAAGAUAAAAAGAAAAACACUGGCAGAUACAGUGAAUUCGCUAGUUACUACGACGCCAGUGAGCUUCAAUUCUGACGAUGAAACCGAAUACACAAAAGCCAAGGUAGUCGAUCGUUACGACGAAAGCGAUGGUUCAGAUAGUAAUUUACAAGUUUCUGAAAUACGUAGACGAAAUGUGGAUCUUUUGGAUCAAGUGGACAAAAGGUACAAGGGUAAAAAAAUUUCAAGGAAAGAUAUAUAUGGAGAUAAUGAUGAAGAUUCCAGUUCGCAAGGCACAUCAGAAAGUGAAAACGAGGGAAUGGACGAUUUAGAACAAGAAAGCAAUGACGAUAUGAACGAUAGUAGUGAUGAAGAAGACAUCAAAGAUAAUGACAGUGACAUUGGAGACAAUGAAAGCGAUGAUUCAAACGAAGAACUAAGUCAUGAUAGUGAAACAAAUGUAGAAGAUUCAGAGGAUGAAUCCAGUAUCAAGAAUGAAGACAAUGAUACUUCUCUUGCAAAACAGAGAAAAGAUAUUGAGACAAUAUCGCAAACAAAUGUAAGAUCAGAGAUAGAAAAAGGAAAUUGUGUUAGAAAUCAGUUAAAGCUUUGGGAAAAUUUGUUGGAAGUAAGAAUAAAGUUACAAAAGUGUUUAGUUACGAGUAAUCAAAUGCCUCAGCAUGAUGUUUACCAAAAUUUUAAGACAAGCACAGAAUAUACAAAAACAGCUAAUGAAACGGGAAAUAAUUUGAAAAUGUUGUUAAAUAAUAUGUUACAAUUGCAAACUUUCUUAUUGAAACAAUAUCCUGAAACGAAAAGUUUAUGUAUGCCUAAUAAAAAAAGAAAAGCUGAGGAAAGCAUAGAUGAAAUAGCAAAUACAGAAGAUCCAAUGGAUGAAGAAAUUCCUUCAGAUACAGAAGACGAAAAUGAAGAUAAAAGUGUAUCUUCAGACGGAAAUGUUGAAAAUUUUAAUAAAAAUAUAUUUAGUAAAAAAUUGAAACUCAACAACUAUGAAAAAAUAUUAAAUGAUAAUCACAAAUCGUAUAUAGAACACAGAGAUUCUGUCAUACAAAAAUGGAAUGAAAAGACGAGGAUAGCUAGUGGUAAAUUAAAUAAAGGUACAAAGGAAACGACUCUAAAACAAAUCGAAUUCGCAUUGAUUGAUAAAGAAAAAUUGCGUAGAAAGAGUCGAUUGAAACGUUCAGAAUAUAAGAUUGUUGGCAAGGAGGAAGCAACGGAAGAUAAUGAUGGUAGAAGAGUUCAAGAAUACGAUUCUGAAAUUUACGAUGAUGAUGAUUUUUAUCAUCAGCUUCUAAGAGAUUUAAUUGAAUAUAAAUCAUCUGAUAUCACUGAUCCUAUACAACUUAGUAAACAGUGGAUACAGUUGCAGAAUAUGAGACGAAGAAUGAAACGAAAGAUAGAUACGAGAGCUACCAAGGGUAGAAGAAUACGGUAUAAUGUACAUAAUAAAUUACUAAACUUUAUGGCUCCUAUUACUGUAAAUGACAGAUGGACAGAUCAUGCAAAAGAUGAAUUGUACAGUUCUUUAUUUGGAAAAAUUAAAUCGUCAAAUGGAGAAUUUGGCCGUUAAGUUUAGAAUAAUUAAUAAAAAUGUUAAUUUUGUAUAUUUUAGUCAGAAGUAUUUUAUAAAAUUUAUAGAAAUUUGAU